AUGCCAGAGCAGACCAAGCCUUGCUAUCUAAUAAUUGAUUACGAAGUGCUAUCCCCUCCAUCCAACCAAGAAAUUGCCAAGAUUUUAGAAAAAGGCACAGAAGAAGAAAAAAUUGACGCGAUGAAAACCUUGAUAUUAAUGAUACUUCAAGAUGAUCACUACCCCAGAAUGAUAAUGACAAUAGUCCAGCACGCAAUGAGGGUGGAGUCCAAAGAAAUGAAAAAAUUACUUCUACUUUACUGGGAAGCCAUCGAAAAAACCAAUCCAGACGGGACCAUCAAAGAUGAAAUGGUCAUGCUCUGCAAUGCUUUAAGGAACGACCUACUUACUCCCCCCCCCCCCUCCGUGAGCGAACAAAACCAUUAGAAAAAUCGCCAUUUUUUGACCAAAAACCCACCCUCCGUGAGUGAACAAAAAUUUUUUUAAUAGAAAAAAUUUUAAUGGAAAAAAAUUUUGAUAUAUAAGUGAUAAUUAGUAUAAUGAAAUCUAGAGCUAAUUCUGUUUAAUUUUAAACAAAUUGCGUUUUAAAACAUAAAUUUUGCAAAUUAAAUUAAUAUUUGCUUCCCAAUUUUUGCAAAUUAGGAUUUUUUUAAAUUUCGAAAAAAAUAUUUUUUAUAAAAUUUAUAUAUAAAUUUUUUUUAAAAAAAAAAAAUUAACCCCCCUCCGUGAGCGAACAAAAUUUUUUUGUUCGCUCACGGAGGGGGGGGGGGAGUUAGUCCUAAUGAAUUUGUGAGGGCCAAAACUCUUCGUUUAGUUGCUAAGAUGAAGUAUAGAGAAAUGAUGGACAGCUUGCUUCAGCCUGUGGUCGACAAUCUGAAUCAUCGCCACCCAUAUGUGAGGAGAAACGCCGUUAUGUGUGUUUACAGUAUUUAUAUGUCAUUUGGCGACAGCUUGCUACCAGACGCUGUUGAAAAAGUAGAUGAACUUUUGAAGAGCGAGACCGAUUUAAGUACACGUAGGAAUGCAUUGCUCUUUUUGUUCGAAGCUCAGCCAGAAGUAGCUAUGAAAUACUUAAGCUCAGUGUUGGCUGAUGAAGAAGAUAAUAGCUCAUCAUUUGGGCCAAGCGCUGAUAUUUUGCAGCUUGUGGUGCUUGAUGAACUUAAAAGAGUCUGCAAGGCAAAUCCACAGGAAAAAGGAAGACAUAUGAAAUCAAUAUUCCAACUAGCAAAUACCAGCAAGUCUCAAAGCGUGCUUUUUGAGUGUGCGUCUACCAUUAUUCAAUUGACAAAAUCCCCUAAUGCAGUCAAAACAGCAAUUUCUACGUUUAUCAAGCUUCUUAAUGACCCUAGUGCAGAUAAUAAUGUAAAAUUGUUAGUUCUAGAAAAACUAGCCGAUAUAAGACCACAGUUUCCAAAACUUUUGCAAGAGCAAGCUGUAGAUUUGUUAAGAUCCUUGUCAAGCCCUUCUAACGAUAUCAGGAAAAAGUGCUUAGAUCUUGUGCUGGAACUUUUAUCUUCGCGAAAUGUGGAAGAAAUUGUAAGGAUUCUCAAAAAAGAGCUUCUAAAUGUGCAAGGGCAAAAAGAAGAAUUCCCAUACCAAGAGCUUUUAAUUAUAGCCCUUCACAAGUGCGCAGUCAGUUUCCCUGAUAUCACUGGGCAAUUAGGACUUGUUGAAGUUUUAAUGGACUGUUGUUUGCUUCAAGCUUCAACCUCUGCAGAAGUGGCGAGCUUUGUCCAGCAGCUGAUGUCUAGCUAUCAGUCUUUACAAAGCAAUAUUAUUGAUAAGCUCCAUCAUAUUUUUGCUGAAAUUUCUUCUGCGCAGGUGUAUAGAAGUGCAUUGUGGAUGCUAUCAGAGUACACAAAAGACCCAGCUAAAACAAUAGUUUUGAUUCUCAACACAAUUGGUGAAGGUCCAUUUAUCAAUAAAAGAGAAAGAAUUGCCCAUACAGAAGCUGUAAAAGAUGAGCAAGAACAAAUUCAUCGUACAGUGAUUUUGCCAGAUGGGACUUAUGGCACACAGAUUAUAUCAACUUUUGACUUCUCAAGGCCAAAAAGUGUAAGUGGGCUUAGGAAACUGUUGACUGAGGUAGAAGAAGUCGAUUUUUAUACAAAAUCAAGCUGUUUCUAAAAUUUAAAUUCUAUUUUAAUUUAAAUAAAAAUUCACUAUAAUUAAUUAUAUUUAGUUACCGCAAUAGCUAUUGCUCUUACAAAAUUAUUAUAUAAAGUUGAAGAGAAAAACCGAGAAAACUACAAGCAAGACAUCCUAUUAAUCCUUUGUGGGCUGGUACAGCUCCGAACUUACCCAUUGAAAAACAAAGCUGAAAAAGAAUACAGUGAAGUCCCAUUUUCCAUUGACCCUGACAACUUUGAAAGAAUUUUACAAUGCUUCCAAACACUCACAGGCCUAAUAUACCCUGGCUGGCUUCAAGGAGGAAAAGAGCUUUACAGCCAUUGCCAAACAAUUGCUAAACAAAUAGAAGAGCAGCUAGAAGACGAAAAGUUUAUUACCCAGCCUGACGAUUUGCUUACCAUUAAGCAGCUUAGAGGAAGAGAUGGGAUUAGUGAUAUGGACUUCAUUGAAGAAGACGCCUUUAAAGCCAUAUUCCAAGACACUGAUGAAGACUAUGGCAAAAGAGUCAGCAGGGUCCGACAACUGACUGGCCUUGGUGAUCCAGUCUACGUGGAAUGUAUGAUGAGGAUGCAUUUAUAUGACAUUGUACUAGAGUUCUCAGUUUUUAACAAAUCCAGUGAAACUCUUCAAAAUUUGACAUUAGAGCUUGCUUCUCAAGGGGACUUAAAAAUGGUAGAAAAGCCUUUACCUAUCAAUUUAGCCCCUGGAAAAUCAGCACAGAUUAAAGCAAGCGUAAAAGUUAGCAGCUCUGAGGCUGGAGUCAUUUUUGGGAACUUAACUUAUGACUCUCCGAAAGGAGGAAACCUAAACUUAAUCACCUUAAAUGAAAUCACAAUUGAUGCAAUCGAGUAUAUACACCCAGCCAUCUGCAGUGAGUCUCAUUUCAGACAGCUAUGGCAAGAUUUUAAAUGGGAAAGUCCUGUGUCCGUAAAUAGCCCUAAAACUAACCUUCUUGAGUAUGUUCAAAAACUAUCAAAAAUGUCUAAUAUGGCCAUUUUGACACCUGAAAGUGUGAUGCUUUGCAGUGAGCACUUCUUGGUCUGCAACUUGUAUGGACAGUCUAGAUUUGCUGAGGACGCUCUUAUGAAUGUGUCAAUAGAAAGAAAAGAAAAUGGAAUUGCAGGAAAUAUUAGGAUAAGAGCUAAGACUGAUGGCAUGGCAAAGUGCUUAUCCUCUCCCUAUGCUAUAAGCGAAAUAUUUUCGAAUAAAUAUUUUUAUAUAAAUAUAAAUAUUUUGAUAUAUAAUUAAUAAAUCGAAUAAGAAAUAUCUUGAUAAUUUUACGGUAGAAUCUUGAAGCAAAAUUUUAAAAAUUAAUUUUGAUAUUUCUUUUGAGAGUCAACUUUUUAAAAAUCAUAAAAAAUUAGCCAUAAAAAUUAGCAAAAAAAAUUCUUGCCCAUGGAGAGAGGAAAGUUAGGAGAACGAGUUGGUGGAAUUACCCAACAUAUUAAAUAA